CCUUGUCCCGGCAGCCAACCCGAGGUCGGUCAAUCCCUCAACCCAGCCACAGCCCCGCUCGUACCCAGAUCUCCCGGACCCGUUCAGCACCUACUGUAGCGUCGGCAAUGGCCAGCACGGCGGCCGAGGCGGCGAAGGCGGCGGAGCAGCCGGCGGCGGCGCAGGAGCAGCAGGCAAACGGCAACGGCGAGCAGAAGACGCGCCACUCCGAGGUGGGACACAAGAGCCUGCUCAAGAGCGACGACCUCUACCAGUACAUCCUGGACACGAGCGUGUACCCGCGGGAGCCCGAGAGCAUGAAGGAGCUCCGCGAGGUCACCGCCAAGCACCCAUGGAACCUGAUGACGACGUCGGCGGACGAGGGGCAGUUCCUCAACAUGCUCAUCAAGCUCAUCGGCGCCAAGAAGACCAUGGAGAUCGGCGUCUACACCGGCUACUCCCUACUCGCCACCGCACUCGCCCUCCCCGAGGACGGCACGAUCUUGGCCAUGGACAUCAACCGCGAGAACUACGAGCUCGGCCUGCCCUGCAUCGAGAAGGCCGGCGUCGCCCACAAGAUCGACUUCCGCGAGGGCCCCGCGCUCCCCGUCCUCGACGACCUCAUCGCAGACGAGAAGAACCACGGCACCUUCGACUUCGUCUUCGUGGACGCCGAUAAGGACAACUACCUCAACUACCACGAGCGGCUGCUCAAGCUGGUGAAGCUGGGCGGCCUCAUCGGCUACGACAACACGCUGUGGAACGGCUCCGUCGUGCUCCCCGACGACGCGCCCAUGCGCAAGUACAUUCGCUACUACCGCGACUUCGUGCUCGUGCUCAACAAGGCGCUCGCCGCCGACGAGCGCGUAGAGAUCUGCCAGCUCCCCGUCGGCGACGGCGUCACCCUCUGCCGCCGCGUCAAGUGAGCGUGGCCCGGCCCGGCUUCCACCCCCACCGCACCGACGGCCGCCGCCGCCGCCCGACCCCAAUCAUAGACGACGCGCAGCAUUAAUUAUUCACCGUCUUUUUUUUGGCUCUUCCUUGGCCCUGUAAUCUUGGAAAUUGUCACCAUUUUCAUGCGUAAAUGUCGAGACCGUAAUAUAAAUUUCACAGUACCAUGAAGAUCCCUUGUUUAUGCUUCGCACUAGCUUGGCAACAAUUGAAUUGCUGAUGAAUUAGUCGAUGUUGAUACUC